CGUCGUCGUUUCAUUCAAGUGUCCAACGUUUGCCGGAGCGGUCGCACACAGAACGGUAGUCGGACGGUUGGCAGAUUCAGAUUCGCUCUCUCUCGCGAGCUUACUCUCCCGCUCUCUCGGUUUACUGUUGUUGUGAUUCAAAGGAAAAGGCUCCUGGUAAUAAUAAGGAGCUUGCGAUACCGUUAGCCUCGAACCACCGAAAGCACCGUUAGCAGCAUGAAGGAUGUGAAAGUGGCGCGCGCAAUCAGCGAGUCCUCGACGACGUCUGAUAACACCUCCGAUUUCAUCGAGAUCGUCAAGAAGUACGAUGUGGUGUACAACAAUCACAAUCCGGAUUACAAGAACGUCGAGGUGAAGCUGAAGGUGUGGACGCAAAUCGCCGAUGAGAUAGGUCUUUCAGUGGAAGCCUCGAAGCGGAAAUGGAAAAACCUAAGGGACAGCUAUACCAAGUAUCUCCGCUCGUUUCGCGUGGGCACCAAGACGUCCAAGAAGUACCAGUACUGGGCCCAUGCGGACCACAUGGAUUUCCUCAAGCCCUUCCAGGGACCGGGCAGAAACUCCGCUAAUGGAAAUGGAAAAUCCAACGACGAGGACGACACAGAGUGUGAUUUUGGCUACCAGGUGCUGGCCAAGGCAGCCAGCAGCAAUGGAGGCGAGGAGGAGCUGAAGAUCACCAUAGCCACGGCAUCGGCGGGCUGUUCGUCCAUAGGAACGCACACGGUUAAUACUUAUACGACCGCCUUGAGCAGCACUUCGGCCCCUGCCCCGACCUCCAGUGUGGGCGUGGCCACGCCCCCGAAUAUAAUCUCCCCCGGCGGAAACGCAGGAGGAGGAUCGGUAGCGCCACCACAAAUCCACAAUAGCAAUAGCAAUGGCAGCGCCACCGGCAGUCUCAACUGCGCUGCAGUGGCUCCGCUCAGUUCGAUGACCCCACCGGCGGCCACCAGCACCAGUGGCUGCAAUUCCGCCGUCGUCCUGCCCCUGCCCAUCUCACCCGCAUCCUCGGCAGCCGCCGCUGCAGCCGCCGCCGUCAGCAAGGCGAAUGCCAAUGCCCUCGCCUCGCUGGCCAAUCACCUGCCCAUGGGCUUGGGUGUGGGCGGCCUGGCCCAGCAGAUGUUUCCCCUGGCCACGCUCAAGGCGGCGGCAGUGGCCGCUGGUCUACCGCUUCCCCCGACGAUCACGCCGCCAGGUUGCAGCUCCUCCAGCAGCAAUGGUCAGCAGAGCAAUGUGGGCUGCCUGAUCAUCGAACCGCAUCUCUUUGCGGCGGCGGAUAACUUCAAGAAGGAGUUGACAGCCGCAGCGGCAGCCGGAGCUCCGCUGGGAUUAUUCCAGAACCUGGCCAACCAAGUGCAGAAUGCGAAUCGCUUGAAUGGCGGCGUUAAUCUACCUUUGAUAGGUACUCCCACGCCGCCACCGCCGCCGCCGUCAGCGCCACCAGCUGCCAAAGUGCGAAGGGUGCAGCCUUCGCCGCAAACUACGGCCAUAAAUCUCAGCUGCUCGGGGGCACAGAACUCGGGACAAAUGCAGCCACAGCAGCCCAUGCAGAUGCCACAACAGCAACAGCAACAGUCGUCGCCGGCGAAAACGCGCAAGAUCUGCGAUCCGCGCUUCCCCAGCGACUGGGAUGUUUCCGCCGUGCUGCAGGCCAACCGGGAACUGGACGCCAACACGCUGUUCUUCCUGAGUCUCAGUCGCCAGGUGCGCGCCAUGCCCAUGAAGUUCCAGUCGCUGGCCAAGAUGCGAUGCAUGCGAAUUGUGAGUGAUUUGGAGCUGGAGCUGGAGAACUUUGACUGCAACGGCGGAGCUCCGCCGCCCGACGACUCGGGUGGGGGAGCCGGGAAUCUCAAGUACUGCAGCAUAGAUACGCCGCCACCGCCGCCGCAGGAUGGAUCCGUGGUGCUACUCCCGCCACCAGUCGCCACCGAGGGCUCCACGGAGCACUUUGUGUAUGUGAUGUCGCCGUCGCGCGUGGAGAGCAUGAUCGACAUCUCCUCCGACGAGGAGGCGACCAUGAACGGGCUGUCCUCGGGCGGCGGACAGGCUUAGGCGUAGUCUAUUCGUACAAGUUAUCUCUAAAUUAAACUUAAAUUAAUCUCAAAUAGAUGUA